AUAAUUCAAAACAGAAAAUUGCAGACAGAAAAGCAUUAAUUGAAGGGAAGUUAUUUUAAUUUUGUAAAGCGUUAACUAGAUUUAUUUCAUUAUGUUAUUUAAAAUACAAGAUAAUCAAGACAGUGACAACAAAGAGGCAGAGUUUGAUAGGCAUGUUACUGAAUAUACUGAUUGUUCGAAGCGAUUUUAUGAAGUAUCCCGAGACUUUUCAAAACAGUAUGCUCACAUUUACUCUGCCCGGCUAAAUACAUUUAGAAAUAUCUUAACUCCUAUCACGAGAAAGAAAUGGUCAAAUAAAUAUAAGGUCCUAAAGUUGUGUGAUUUGCGUGAGAAAAACAUAGAUUGCAUCGUCAUUGGAACGUUAUUUAAGCUUCAAGAGUUGAAACCAAGUAUUUUGAAAGAGCUUUCAGACCAAUUGGAAGUUAUACCACAACCGGCAAGGAAGCAUUUCGUUCAUGACAGCGAUACUCUAGUUUUAGAAGAUGAACUUCAAAGGAUAAAAUUAAAAGGAGACUGCAUCAAUGUGCACAAAGUUGUAACAGGCAUUGUAGCUGCUGUUUUAGGUUCAGAAGAUGAAGAUGGUAUUUUCACAGUAAAAGAUGUUUGCUGGGCCGGAUGUAAUAUUCAAAAGCCUUUACCUACUCUUGAUGAAGACAGAUAUUUAGUUCUAGUAUCUGGUCUCAAUUUAGCAUCUAAAUCAGGUAAUCAUUUGUUCUCCAUAAACCUAUUCCUGGAGUGGCUACAUGGGUUUUGUGGGACACAACAAUAUCAAAAGGAAUUAUCUAAUGUUGUAAGAGUUAUUAUAGCAGGUGGAACAUAUGCAAAUUACUCUGAUGAGAGUAAUUUAAAUGAGUCCGAUGUUAUAGCAGCAGCGAAAGAUGUAGAUUCCUUUGCGGCAGCUAUCAGUGCAGUCUCACCACUAGACCUGAUGCCUGGAUGCAAAGAUCCAAGUGGGGUGAUGCUGCCCCAAAAACCAUUCCAUUAUUGUUUAUUUCCAAAAGCAGUGGAGUACAAAUCUUUCAAUCGGGUUUCAAACCCUUAUGAGUGUAACAUUGGUGGUUUUCCAUGCUUGGGUACGUCUGGGGAGUCUAUCAAGGACAUCAUGAGAUACAGUAAACUGGACAAUCACUUGGAUGUGAUGAAGAAAACCCUACAGUGGAGGCACAUUGCACCCACUUGCCCAGACACCGUUUCUUCCACACCCUGCUUGGACACUGAUCCUUUCACUAUAUACAACUGCCCUGCAAUAUACUUCUGCGGCAAUUGUAAAGAAUUUGCUACAGAUACUUUCAAAGGUGAAGAUGGACAAACAGUAAGACUGGUUUGUGUUCCAGACUUUUGUGAUACAAAUACCAUUGCAUUGAUAAACUUGAAAAACUUGGAAUGUUAUAGCAUGUUAUUCAAAUAAAGAUUGAGAAUCAGG